UAAUUUUUUCUGGUUCGCUCUGCUCAUCCUUGUUUAUAAUCGUGAGUAUUUUUUAGUCGCGUUUUCUACCAACAACCGUGAAAAAUGAUAAGUUACAAGAUAUUCUGCCAAGAUGGAAUAAGAUAGGUGAUAUUAGGAUUACAAUGGCGAUGAGAUACGUGGUGAAAUGAAUUAAAAAAAGUAGACGCCUUCAGCAGUGGAGAAAAAUCCCCCACUGCACCGUUGGUGGAAGCGAUACACGAACCAUUUAAACUGACGCUGAUUACGAGGUGUAAUUUGUCAGCUGGUAUCCUUGUAAUAUGAUAAAGGAAUUGUGCCACGAUUUUUUCAUGCCUGUGUCUACUUCAACUGCUUCCCUGUGGAAAUUUCUUCAUCCAGGACUGACUAGGGACGGGUUUUUCGAGAGUUAUUGUUCAUUUAAUGGAAAUAUCCACGAGAUUUAUUUGACUCAUUUGAGUAAUUUGAAACAAUUUCACAUCUAUUAUUCAAGUCGGGAAAAAAUUGGGUGUAAUAUCUCAGGUUUACACGUUUUCUUGGAAAAGGGUCUGCUUGAUUUUUUCUGUUUAUAUGACAAUAGACAAACCGUAGUGCAUUCCAUCAGAUGA